AUGCAGUCCAGCAGCAUGAUAGUCACACUGGACGCAAUUCCAACGGGAUUCCAGCCAGAGGACCCGUCGAAUGACAUCUUCGAGACGAUUAUCGCCAGAAAUAGUAUGGGAAAGGCCGCAAACGGUUAUCAUAUAACGACAGCUGAAGUCGACCGACGUUCGAAUGGAGUGGAGAAGCUCAACAGUUCCAGCUUGGCAAACACUUUGAGAAGAACAAAACUAAAAAAUUGUGGGGGGACGAUGCGGCGUCAGAUGAUGGAGAAAGAGAUCCCAGUGAACAUCUACCACAGACAAGAAGUGUUCCCCAACAAAAUGGUCGCGUUGUCCGAAGCUGAAGCCGUUCACAUGGCGAAAGAUUUGGAUGAGAUAGUGAAAGAGGACUAUCCAGUGGCGGGAAUCGCGCGGGAAGUUGCAAAUGAGGUGAUGGAGGAUGGCUCGGCGGAUAUUGGAAGCUUUUUCGAUGCGGACGGAUUCAAGGAAUGCAUGGAAGCACUGUCAGGUGUAUUGUCUUCAGUGGUGCCACCAAUCACUGGAAUUUGUGCGAAGGCGUCAAAAAAUGAGGAGUUGAAUCGUGGAAUGGAGCAUCUGUCACAGGCAACUCAUGGAUUCGGGAUAGCCGUUCAACCGACAUGGAUGCGGGCGUUGACAGAAAUUGGAAAAGGAGUUUGUAAGAUUGUAAAGGAUGAGAUGAACGUCAAAGAGGAGGUGGAGGACACUAAGCCGCCAACAACUAUUGCGGAGUCAUCGAAAAUCGCAGAGGGAGCAGAGAUCAAAGUGGAAUUGGAGGAGACUGAGGUGGUGGUUGAUUAA